AUGAGUGACUCAGAUCCCGUGGCUGGUGUUGCGUACACCGUUGAGAGGACGGGCGCGAGUGUGCGCGUCACAGAGCUGCACAAGAAGGUCCAUGCGGAUCUGCUGUUGCUUAGCAACCCACACACCUCUGCCAAAGGCGGCCUAAGCGGUGAUGUACUGGCGGAGUGUCAGCAGAACUACAUCAACACACAGCGGGACAUCUGGAUGUCUCUGAGACUGAAACGUUACACGCAAACCCACAGCGAAGUAGUGCGGGAUCUCAUACGCUUCAUCCGCUGGCACACCCAUUGCGAAGAGAGGUUUGUGUUGU